AAUCGCAUGACUAUGGCGGAGGGUUUCUCUAACGGAAUAAAGCCAGAAGAUCAAGAAAGGAAUUUAAAGAUGUCAGCAGUUGUAGUCGUGCACGGUGGGGCGUGGGCUAUACCCGAUGACCUGGCCGAAGCCUCUGUUGAUGGAGUAAAGGUUGCAGCACGUGAAGGGUUUUCUGUGCUGAAUACAGGAGGAAGUGCACUGGAUGCUGUUGAGGCAGCAGUGAGGGCUCUGGAAGAUAACACUGUGUUUAAUGCAGGGCAUGGAGCAGUGCUAAAUGCUGCUGGAGAAGUUGAGCUGGAUGCCUUUAUCAUGGAUGGAAGGACACUUGCUACUGGAGCCGUGUCUUCAGUGAAGAACAUCGCCAACCCUGUGUCACUAGCACGGGCAGUGAUGGAAAAAACAUCUCACAUCAUGUUGACAAGCAGAGGCGCAAACCUGUUUGCAGAGAGCAUUGGCACGGCCACAGUUCCCACUGAUACACUGGUGACUGAGUAUGAGAGGAAAGAGUGGGAGAAGCACACUAACUAUGUUAGUGGAGUAAUGGAGGAUUUCAACUCUCAGUGGAAAGUAUCUGCAGUGGCCCAUGAUACUGUUGGGGCAGUUGCUGUAGACUCUGCUGGUAAUGUUGCAUGUGCAACAUCAACUGGAGGAAUCCGAAAUAAAAUGGUUGGCAGAGUGGGAGACUCUCCGAUCAUUGGCUCUGGAGGAUACGCAGACAACUUGAGUGGUGCAGUGUCUUGUACCGGUCAUGGAGAGUCUAUUCUUAAAGUCACAUUGGCCAGACUCAUUCUUUCACAUAUUGAACAAGGUAAAUCAGUAGCAGAUUCUUCACAGUUGUCUCUACAGUACAUGGGAGACCGUGUCUGCGGUGCAGGAGGCGCUAUUGUAGUUUCUCCAUCAGGACAGUGGGCAGCAACAUUUACCUCAGAGCGAAUGGCUUGGGCAGCAGUGGAUCGUGAUGUUCUGUGGUAUGGACUAGAUCCAAAAGAAAGAUUGAAAGAGCCGUUGUCCCAAUAACCAUUUGUAAUCCCUAUUAGUUAUAAUACGAGCUGUAACAGGGAACUGUAUUCCUUAUGUGUCUUGGUCUUGGUCUGUCUUGGUGGCUGUUUGCUACUGCUGUACAGUGACAUCUAAACUGUAAAAGAUAGAGAUGGUGGAUAUUAUUAUUAGUCUCAAGAUCCAUACAUUGGACUAGUUGUUCUUAUGCCCUGAAAUCGGGAUUGCAUAUUUCAUUAUAUGCUAAUGUAGGAUGUCUGAUUUAUUUGGAUUAAAAUCUCUUUAACAUUG